AGGAGGAAGAGAAGGAAGGGCGGCUGCGUGUCCCGGCCCAGCUCCGUUUCCUUCCGGGUUGCGGCCCGCAGCCGCCGCCUCCUCCUCCUGCUCCCGCGCCCUGGGCCAUGGGGGCGGCUGCCGGCGCGGACGCCCAGGCGGGGGCAGCGGCGGCGGCUCCGCUGGAGCCCGGGCACGGGCUGCUCCUGCCGCGGGGGGCCGGGAGCCCUGCGGCGGCGUCCCAGGACAAACUCUUCUUAAUCAAAGGUGGAAUUUUUCUAGGUACCGUUGCUACAGCAGGAAUGAUAGCAGGUUUUGGCACUACGCUUGCUAUGACAAAAAAGAAGAACCCAGACUGGUUCAGUAAGGGGAUUACUGCCACAGCUGCGUUACCAGAGAGUGGUUCGUCACUGGCCUUACGAGCCCUAGGAUGGGGCUCACUCUAUGCAUGGUGCGGAGUUGGAUUGCUCAGUUUUGCCAUCUGGAAGGCCCUGGGUGUGCACAGUAUGAAAGAAUUCCGAACUAAAAUGCAGUCAAUGUUUCCAGCAAUUCCUAAAAAUAGUGAGUCCAGUGUUGAAUGGGAAGACUUACUGAAAUCCAAGUGAAAGAGCCAUUUGGAGAUGUCUCCCUCAGCAAGAGCAGGAGCGGAAGGUGGAAGGAGCAGGUGUGUCCCAUCUGAAAAAUAGAGAAAGCUCAGACUGAGCAAGUUACUGAGUUCACUGAACCUGAGGAUGCCAGUUAACAUCUAUCAGCAAGGGAAUGAAAAGCAAAACAAAGUAAAAUGAUUUAUAUUGUACUUUUCAGCGUGCUUGGUAUAGUUGAAUCCAGCUUUAAAAAAGACUCUCUCUUAUGAAGAUUUAAAGAAGAAACCGAUCUUCAGCAGUAAAUAAGGACAAAGCCCCAAUAAACUCUUAUCCCAUCUUGUGUCUUAAGAGGAACUUCAGGAAAUUUCUCUAGGAAACAAGGAGCGGUACUUUCAGUGACGUUUAGGUGUCCCAUUAGGAACAUAACCAUCAAGUCAGUCACAACAGAUCUGUUACUGAGCCUGAAGGUAAAUAGUACAGUGCACUCUUCUAAAAUUAAAGGAGAUAUUUAAAUUUGCGACAGAGAAAGUAUCUAAACCAAACUAUUUUUGUAUGUCUGAAGGUGAAGUUUAAAACAUCCCAUAUGCAAGUAGUGACCUACUCUAUCUCGGAAGAGAUCUCUACAAAGUGCACUGUGUUUUCCAGAUCAGCUUUUUUUUUGGGGAUCCCACAGUAGUGAAUCUGAUAGGCUGCAUAAAAGUCUCUACUGUAUUUGUAUAGCAAUUUAAGUUGUAAGUAAGAAGGUGUAAAAUAGUGAGACACCCAGUCUGCCUACACAAAUAUUUUCAGCUAGGAAAGUGUAUAGGCAGGGCUGGGUUUUUUGUAUUUCAGUGGUUCCUGUGGCUCUUCUACCAGGAGAAGCAAUGUGACAUUUCCCACACUGCAGUAAUCUCACGAAGUGUGGGCGUAAGCUGGGAAGAAUAAUGUCUUAUUCAAACAUUGUAUUUGCAGAACUGUAGAUCUGUAAAAAUGCAGAAAUAAAAAAAAGUGCUAUCAGUGAACAAUCCUUUGUUGAAUACUCAAUUAUCAGUUCUUUUUUUAAUUGCACACAGUCCAAUUAGUCAGUGUCAGAUUUAAUAAAGUCCUCUUAAAACCUG